GUAGACAAAAAAUCAAAAUGGCUUUGUCGUCGGCUUCUCUUUCCCUCAGCCACCCUAAAACCCGCAUCUUCCAGCAUUCCACCACCAACCCAUCUCCGGCCGCCACCCGUUUAAAUGCAUUUCCCAUCUCUUAUUUCCCCAGUAAGUCCUUUUCCGUCACUUGCAUGUCUUCCCCGGCGGCGGCCGCCGUCCAGGCACGUCCUGUUACCGUCCCUGCACAGGAUCGCGUUUUCAAUUUUGCUGCUGGACCGGCGAUCCUACCGGAGAAUGUACUCAAAAAGGCACAAUCUGAGCUUUACAUCUGGGGAGAUUCAGGUAUGAGCGUUAUGGAAAUGAGCCACAGAGGUAAGGAUUUUCUAUCUAUUAUCCAGAAGGCUGAGGCAGAUCUUCGUACCCUUUUGAAUAUUCCUUCCGAUUACGCCGUCCUUUUCCUACAAGGCGGCGCCUCUACCCAGUUCGCUUCCAUCCCAUUGAAUCUCUGUACUCCUGAUGAUUCGGUUGACUACAUUGUCACUGGAUCCUGGGGUGACAAGGCCUAUAAGGAGGCUGUCAAGUACUGCAAACCAAAUGUCAUCUGGACAGGGAAAUCUGAGAAAUACACUAACAUCCCAUCUUUCGAUUCGUUGGAACAGAACCCAAACGCCAAGUAUUUGCAUAUAUGCGCAAAUGAAACCAUUCAAGGCGUUGAAUUCAAGAACUACCCUGUACCCAAGAACAAAGAUGCCGUUCUCAUAGCUGACAUGUCGUCUAAUUUCUGCUCAAAGCCUGUCGAUGUUACGAAAUUCGGGAUGAUUUACGCCGGUGCACAGAAAAAUGUCGGUCCUUCAGGUGUUACUAUUGUGAUCAUCAGGAAAGACCUGAUUGGAAAUGCUCAGCCCAUUACCCCUGCCAUGUUGGACUAUAAGAUCCAAGCAGAGAACGACUCUCUCUACAACACACCAUCCUGUUAUGGGAUUUAUAUGUGUGGAUUGGUUUUUGAGGAUCUGCUUGCUCAGGGUGGUUUGGUCGAAGUUGAGAAGAAGAACAUCAAGAAAGCUCAAAUCUUGUACAAUGCUAUCGAUGAGAGCAAUGACUUUUACAGGUGCCCUUUGGAGAAAUCAGUGAGGUCCCUAAUGAAUGUUCCAUUCACUCUGAAGAAACCCGAAUUGGAAGCCCAGUUCAUAAAGGAGGCUGCAGCAGAGAAGAUGGUGCAGUUGAAAGGACACAGAUCUGUUGGUGGGAUGAGAGCUUCGAUAUAUAAUGCGAUGCCAUUGGCUGGAGUUGAGAAGCUUGUUGCUUUCAUGAAAGAGUUUCAAGCUAAACAUGAUGCUUGAUUAUAGUCUUCUUCCCAGGUGAGUAUUUUGUUUCAGCUUUUGUUCCUACUGAAAUUAUGGAACAAGUGGUUUUUGUUGUUGUUUAGUUGUCAAUUCUUGGUUUUUCAUCUGAACAAUUAAGCUUAUGUUUCUGAGAUUUGAUUGGAACUUUCAUUCAAAUGGUUUUUAUGUUCUUCCUUC